UUUGUCUCUUUAAAACUCCAUAAAUAGAGCACGAUACAUUGAGUUCACCCAAGCUCACGAAAACUAAUCAACAGAUUCUUUUGUGUAAGACCAGCCCCACGGAAAUACUCAUAUAUUCUUUCGCUUUGGCAUCUGUUAUUUAAAGUGGCUAACUCUUUCUUUGUCAUCGCAUUCAGGCUCCUCAUCUCCGACGUUAAAAGGAAUAACUUCUUCUAGGGAUAAUGGAACAAGAAGCAGCAGAGGUAUCUCAUACGACCGCACAGCAUAGACGAAGAAAGAACGGACCGAAUAGGGAGGAAAUAGGGAGUACAAAGGAACCGCCAAAACGAAGGAAAACAGGGAUAGACAGGCGAUCAAAGAAGCUAGCUAUAGCAUCUUUCAACCCAUUCAGACAACCUUUCUCAACUGAAACCACUACCAACAUAACAAAAAAUACUGCAAAUCCAACAGUACUGAACUUGCAGCCGGAGCUUCAAGAAGGAAUUGAACAGACUAAUCAAAAUCUUACUCCAACACAAACUGAGGACCAUAUGGGAGAUACUGAACAAGCACCGCUACCAACCGUUGGGCCGCAGGAUUUUGAUAAUACUAUCCUAGAUUUGGGAUUACCAACCUUAGCUUGCACACAUUGUGGGGCGCGAUUCUGGCCACAGGAACAGAUCAUCAACAACAGGCCAAGCUACACACCUAUAUUUACAUUGUGUUGUCAGCAGGGUAGAAUACGCCUACCACUUCUGAAACAAACCCCACCAUUCUUGGACAAGCUUCUUGACGUCAAUGGUGAUUCACUAUCUAUUCACUUUGCCCAAAACCGCCGCCCAUACAAUGGAGCCUUCUCAUUUACAUCCUUUGGAGCACAAAUUGAUCAACGACUAUUAAACUCAAGAGGCCCAUAUUCGAUGAUUAUAUGCGGCGAGAACUAUCACCGCAUUGGUUUUCUAUUGCCUCCUAAUGGUCAAAGACCAAAAUUCGCACAAUUAUACCUGUUCGAUCCCUCGACUGAAGUUGAAGAUAGGAUGGCAAACUUCUCAAGAAACGACGAUACCUUGCUUCCAGAGAUCGUUUCGGGAUUAAUUGAAAUGUUUGAUCAAACAAAUGAAUUGGUUAAAAGCUUCAGAAGAGUACGGGAACAUCUACAGAAUCAGGCAAACCAAAAUCUCAGACUGAGAAUUUUCGGUGCUCGAGUGAGAAAUGCAGAACAGUAUGAGCUACCUACUGGACAGGAGUUGGCUGGACUAAUCCCAGGAGAUUUUCGUCCAGAUAGUGAAGAUAGAGACAUUAUAGUUGACCAUAGGAGCGAGGGUCUACGGCGUAUCUCCAGUCUAAACCCCAAAUUUGAAGCUUUACAUUUUCCAUUGCUCUUUUCGUACGGUGAAGAUGGUUUCCACACAGGUAUAUUAUAUGUUAACCAACCAAACAGAGCCUCAAGCCACAGGAAAUGCGUAACUCAACGAGAGUAUUAUUCCUACCGUUUGCAGCAUCGUGACAACGAAGGAACCACGCUAAUGAGAGGUGGGAAGGUUCUACAACACUAUAUCAUAGAUGCAUUCUCCACGAUCGAACAAAAUCGGCUUAUGUUUCUUAGACAACAUCAGCAGGAAUUGAGAUCGGAAGUCUUCAAAGCAUUGAAUGACGCUCUCCAAGCUGGUCAAGAAACCGGGCGAAAUUUAGGAAGGAUAGUUUUGCCGGCUUCAUACACAGGAGGUCCACGAUAUAUGAAAAACCUUUACCUCGAUGCAAUGGCAAUUUGUCAACAUUUUGGCAAUCCUGAUUUAUUCAUUACAUUCACUUGCAAUGCUCAGUGGCCUGAAAUUGUCCAUGCAUUUGAAGAGACGGUUGGAAAAAGAAGUGAAGAUAAAACUCAAGUUGUUACUCGGGUCUUCAAAAUGAAGUUGAAAGCAUUAAAAAAUCGCAUCACCAAAGAACACUUCUUUGGAAAAACCGUGGCAGAUCUUCACACAGUGGAAUUCCAAAAACGUGGUCUACCUCAUGCACACAUUCUGAUAUGGCUGGCAGAUUCUGACAAGCUCAAAGAUACUGCAGCUAUUGAUUCGAUAAUAAGUAGUGAGAUACCAGACCCGGCGGUAGAUCCAGUGGGUUAUGAAGCAGUGACAAAAUUCAUGAUGCAUGGGCCGUGUGGCCAAUCAAAUACUUCAGCACCCUGCAUGGUAGAUGGUCGAUGUUUAAAGCACUUCCCAAAGUCUUUCAGCUCAGAGGCUACAUAUGAUCAGUUUGGAUACAUCGUGUACAAGAGGAGAGACACUGGUAUAAAAGUUGAAAAAGGCAGAACAAAGCUAGAUAAUAGAUAUGUUGUGCCAUACAAUAGGGACCUUUUGGUAUGGUUGCAAGCACAUAUAAACGUGAAGAUUUGUCACAAAGGAAGGCUAAUCAAGUACCUUUUCAAGUAUCUCACUAAAGGACCGGACAGAUCUAUGGUCCACGCUACAAAUGCAGCAUCGGUAUCAACAGAUCUACAAGAGCCUAUUGAUGAAAUUAAACAGUAUCUAGACUGUCAAUAUCUAUCAGCAUAUGAAGCAGCUUGGAGAAUAUACGAGUUUCCAAUACAUGAAAGAACACCAGCUGUACUAAGAAUGUGUGUACAUCUCCCAAAUCAACACACAGUUCCAUACAACGAGGACGAACCACUGGAAAAUGUACUGCAACGUCGAAGAUCCAACAACACUAUGCUCACCCAAUGGUUCCAUCUCAACAGAACCAAUCCAUCUGCUCGAUCACUCACCUAUCGCGAAAUUCCUAACAAAUUUGUGUGGGAUUCAGGGCAGGCGAAUUGGUUUCCAAGAAAAAGAGGAUUCCAAAUUGGAAGAGUAGUUUAUGUUCCGCCGGGAUCAGGUGAUGCAGUCUAUAUGAGGAUGUUGCUAACGAAAGUUCGAGGAGCUAUGAGUUUUGAACACUUAAGGACUGUUGAUGGUAAGCUUUAUCGAAGCUACAAAAAGGCAUGCCAAAAACUUGGAUUGCUAUCAACAGAUGAGGAAUGGAAAUUGGUGAUGGAAGACGUUUGUCGAUGGGGGCAACCAAGUUUAAUAAGGGCAACAUUCACUUCAAUGCUCAUGUUUUGUGAGAUUACAUAUCCUCUUUCUUUAUUUAACAAAUUUUGGGAGCAAAUGGCAGAUGAUAUAGUAUAUAGAGCUAGAAGGGAUAAUUUAGCAAGUUACUUCCAACCGCCAUCCCGGACUCUGCAAAACUCUGUACUGUUGGAGCUGCAACGACCUCUGAGCUAUUAUUCCACUACACUUCAACAUGUUGGCCUACCUACUUCACAAUUGGAUGAGUGCGAUGGCUUGGUCAACAGCCUAAUAGCACAACAGCUCGAUUACGACAUCGUGCAACAAGGAAGACGAGCAGAAUCAAGUUUGGUGUCGCUAAAUGAAAAUCAAAGAUAUGCAUAUGAUGUGGUAUUCAAUUCUGUAAUCUCUGAGCAAGGUUCGUUGUUCUUCCUGUAUGGACAUGGCGGGACGGGGAAGACAUUCCUAUAUGAUACGCUGACUGCAAAGUUGAGAAGCAUGAAGAAAAUUGUAUUGGCUGUUGCUUCCUCAGGAAUAGCAGCUACGCUACUACCAGAUGGAAUAACGGCACAUUCGAGAUUUAAAAUACCACUCGAUAUCGACAGAAAUUCUACUUGCAUGAUUAAAAAGGGAACCCAUCUUGCUCAACUCAUCAAGGAAGUAUCACUAAUAGUCUGGGAUGAAGCUCCAAUGACACAUAGGUUUUCUUUCGAGGCAGUGGAUAGGACAUUUUGUGACAUCAUGGACAGCCCGUUAAGCGGAGAGGGGUACAAGCCUUUCGGCGGGAAAUGCAUUCUUCUUGGAGGUGAUUUCAGACAAACAUUGCCAGUUGUAGUAGAGGACGGCCGAGAAGAAAGCAUCGAUUCUUCCCUAACAAGAUCAUAUCUUUGGAAAUAUUUCAAGGUCUUGCCUUUGAGAGUUAAUAUGCGCAUCAACACCAACCCCAACAACCUCCUAACUGUUUAUGACAGAAGAGAUUUUGCAAGUUGGGUUCUAGCUAUCGGUGAUGGAAGGAUAAACAACUCAACAUUCAGCUCAUCUAUCUACCAAGACUGGAUACAAAUUCCAGAUAAGUUUAUCAUCCCUCAUGCAGGUAAUAAGAUUCAAGCAAUUACUGAAGUUGUCUACAAUGAUUUCCAUGCUAGCUAUGAGGAUGCAGGCUAUAUCAAGAAUCGAGCUAUUGUUACGCCAACGAAUAGCAUAGUUACGGACAUUAAUGCUUAUAUGUUGGCUAAAGUAAUGAGACAAAGUAAGACAUAUUAUAGUGCAGAUUCUAUUGAAGAUGACUCGCCCAACCAUGCUUCCUUGGAAGAAGAAUACCCAACCGAGUUCUUGAACAGCCUAUCCUUCAAUGGGGUUCCAGAUCAUGAAUUACAUUUGAAAGUCUCAUGCCCAGUAAUCCUUCUACGUAAUUUGAACCCCAAAAUGGGCCUCUGCAACGGGACAAGGAUCAUGAUAACUCAUUUGGGCGACAAUGUUAUUAGAGGGAAAAUCAUUGGAGGAUUGUAUGAUAAGGACCCAGUUGCGAUUCCGAGAAUAGUACUUAAUGUCAGCGAGCAUCGAUGGCCAUUUGUCUUGAAAAGGAGGCAGUUUCCGGUCGAAGUUAGCUAUGCAAUGACAAUCAACAAGAGCCAGGGACAAACUUUAGAUAUAGUUGGAGUUUACUUACCUAAGCCGGUGUUCAGUCACGGUCAACUAUAUGUGGCAGUAUCCAGAGUUCGCUCAGCUGAUGGUCUGCAUAUACUGAUUGAUAAUGAUGGAGAAGCUGCACAAAACUACACCAGAAAUAUCGUUUACGAGGAAACAUUUGCUGCUCUCAACGACACAACCGAAACCAAUACUAGUAACGAUAUAGCGACACAUUUCACGAAAAGUACUAAUACCAUUUUCCUCACGUACAUAAAUAAACUUACUAACACAAUUAUUCCUAAUGCAGAGAACAUGGAUAUCGACCACGGGGAACUCAGGAGCUAAAUUUCAAGACAAUGAACAUCUACAUAACUUCUCAAAAAGGUACGAAAGUGAGUUUAAGUUGAACAAAAUUUAAAGCAACAAUAACACUUGCACUUAUCACAAAAACAAAUUAAUUCCACAAUGUCAUGUUCAAAAAGUAUAAUUUAUCUUCUAAUACUCUUGCUAUCAUCUUAACUUAUUGCUACCUACACCUAUUUUUUCAGUGCAGGACAUCAUUCACGGAAAACAACAGCUUACAAGAAUAUACCAGCAAGUUAUUUUUGUAGAUGCAAAUGUAAUUUUUAUCUCACCUUUACUACUUUCAUAACUAAUAUAUGGAGUGUGUGAUA